GACGGUGCCAACACCUAAACAAAAUACGCACGAGACCUUCUCCUCUCGAGUCACCACAGUAGCGCCUCCUACCGUGGUAACGUUUCAUAUCCGCCAAAUUCAUAGGGCAGUUUUCCCUAAAACGCUCGAACUGCAUGUUUCUCUUGCAUGCGUGUGCAGGCGCAGAAUCUCCUUAUCUGCUCCAGGCUGCUUUGUUGGUCUUCCAAACUACUACUAACCAGAUGGAUCGGUGUUUAUUCAGGUUCGCGCCGUCGUGUCAACACCCUGUUUUCUUGUCAACCAAGCUCCAUUGGCAGAUUUCUUCGGUACAAAUAUGUGACUUUGGUCAUUGGCCGUACCAGCGUGUCCUUGCGCAACGUACUAAUGCUAUUGCUAGACUAUUAAAGUCAUAAGAACCAUCCAGUCAUCGAGUCUUUUUUUCAUUCUUUCUGCUCUCUCGCUCUACUACGCUCAACAGCUUUCAUGCUGUCCAAUGCUAUGACCUCUCAAGUUCAUGUACACAUACCUUCCAAUGAACCUUAUGUAGUUGUCAACAUCAGCCAAACAGAAGUUGAACCAGAAACAUACCGAUUACCAUACCCUCCAGAGCUUACGCUAAAGCGACGAGCAACCGAAUCAUUCCUCCAGACGUGGGGAUAUUUGAAGAAACGAAGAAAAACAUUAAGACGUAUUCAAGAGACAACAAUCGACUGUCCUUGUUUACCACCACCAACAUACGACGUGGCUAUGACUGAAUCAGCUUCGCAUCUCGACAGUGUUUACCCAACGCUUCCUACUACGCCCCCUACGCCCAACACCCAGAGCAAUGGGUCUCUUUCCCGAAGGCCGUCACAGGUCACUGAGGUAAUAGAGAAGGUCAAUACCAGGCUCAGACGCCUCUUUUAUGGUCGAAGAGGAUCUGCCGAAGAUGAACACCCACCACUCGACCCUACUGUUGCCCAACGCUCGGGCAUAUCUGACAACACAAGCGGCCCAUCUGAAGACCAAUAUUCCCAGUGUAGUUCCAAAGAUCUCGCUGGAAUGGGCCUGGCUAAUCUGCCCAAUGCAACGCUCCGAUCUCAAAGAAGAAACACCAUGCAGGCGCAAUGGAAGACCGACUUACAGUACGAUGGAGAUAGUGAUCUGGACCAACUCGACAAGCAUUGGCAACAUGAUAGCCGAGCUGAGAGAUGCGAAGAGCGAGAACGAAAAGACUCUCAAUUUAGUUUCAGUGACUUUUUGAAGCCUCAAAGGUCUGGCAAAGUGGACAAAGGGAAGAGUCGAAUGGUCUAUGACGAUGGGGAUGGAUUGAUCUCACAAGAUCAACCACUUCUCUCUCCUUACCAGGAUGCUUCGUCUGAUACGGCCGGACCCUCUACUGUACGGACUGGUGUUCUGAUUCAUGCGCCAUCGGACGAAAGCCAAAUCGUUGCAUCUGAGGAGUCCGUUGCCUGCGGCCAUCAGAUCGCCAUUGGUCCACUACAGUCGUCAGCUCCAGUAUUACCAGAGGAUUACAACGGACCCAGGAGGAGGCCAGAGCUUGCCACAAGGAAAGUAAGCGUGCGCCUAGUUCCACCUACACCUCACUGUCCACGAGACGAGCGGCGAUCCUCAACGUCUUCUUCAGUCUCCAGCUUCGGCUCUCCCACACCAGCAGCUAAACCGUCAAGGACUCCAUGUCACCUCGCACGAAACUUAGUCAGCACACCUGCUACAAGUGCGAGCGAACCAGGUGCCAAUGGCCAUUCUGAGCCAAUCUCAAUACCAUCUCCAUAUCACAUCAGUCGCGGCUUGUCUGCGGUUCCUGUGGGCUCAGCCCAACCCAUUGACGACUCACCCACCUUCCCCCCAUCCCUCGUCUCAUCAACAACAAAUCUGCUCUCCCACGAGUACAGCCCAGAUACGACUCCCUCUCCACCUUCUCUUCAGCCCACUCUCGUUCCCUCUCCAGAGGCCAUGCAAGCACUACUUCUAGGUCCACCACAACGAGCCUUGCUCCAGCGAUCUGUAUCGAGUGAUUCACGCAUGUUUCACGUCUCCGUCGAACGGCUUUCUACACCUGCACCUACGCAGCCCAUCUUGCCAUACCAUGGCCCUUCUACUGUUGACAAGAAGGGUGACUUAGUCCGAGGUUUAGAAGAUGAACCGGAUUUCAGCAUCACACACCCUGCGCCUCCCAGUCCGCUGAUCUCGGCCUCCCCACCACUGGCUGAUGUGCCAUCGCCUGUCAGGCGUCGAACAGGGAGUCUAGAGGGGAGUGAAGAUCUACGAGCUGUGUAUAUUGAGCAAGGAAAAGCGAGCGUGAUGAAUCAUCAUCCACGACGCCGGAGUCCGAGGAAGAGUUUACAGGGGAGGUUGUGGUGGGACGAGUCGCCGCCGAAGGUAUAUCUCUAGACUGUGUCACUUCUAUCUUUGAAAGAAUUACUCGACUGAACUAAAAAGUUGGGAUCAAUCUUUAGCGCUUAUAAGUCGUUGGAACCCAUCAAACACAUCACAGUCACAUAACAUGAUAAGAAGACGUAAUAGUUCCUCAGCAUCAACACCUCUGCGUCCAAUGUAUUACAACUGCAUGCUAAGUAAUGCUACUUUUGCCCUUCGGGCUAGUGAUCCUCGUCACCAUUACAAAUACGCCAUAGACCCCAUGCAAUAGACUGGAGUUUUUAUGCCGGAAAACGCUAUGCAUGAAAAGUAGGACGAAGAUUGCAAGCAGAGACUUGCUAGACGAGA